UGGAGGUCGCUUGCGCACUGCUAGUGGCGUAUGGUUCGUGGAGGCCUCGGCGGAUUGCACCCUGGAAGACGUCAACCGUCUCCAGCGCCCUCUCUCAAUACCUGCAGCAGAGCUUCUUCCCCAAGCUCCCACCAAAGCGGACUCGGAAGGAUUGAUUCUUUUGGUGCAGGUUACACAGUUCAGGUGUGGCGGAUUUGCAGUCGGCAUCAGAUUCAACCAUGCAAUUUUCGAUGGCGUCGGAGCUGGGCAGUUCUUUAAAGCAAUCGACGAGAUGGCCAGAGGUCUGCCGCAGCCGACCGCGAAGCCACCCAAUGCCUCUCCGGACGACCAUGAUCUACCAUUCUUCACCCCUCCUCGAUUCGUCGAAACGGUGUACGACGUCUCCUUAGACAGCAUUAAUCUGAUCAAAAACGAGUACGUGAAAGAGACGGGUCGAAAGUGUUCGACCUUCGACGCCGUGGCUGCCGCGCUCUGGCAAUCCCGAACACGAGCGAUCGGUGUUGAGCUCCAUGCCGAUGUUUCCGUUGGGUUGGUCGCCGACGUCGGACACUUGAUGGGCGACGUGCUGCCCGCUGAAGGUGGCUACUACGGCAAUUGUGUGUACCCUACGGGAGUGACGGCUUCCGGCGACAUGAUCGUGCAUGCUUCGCUGGUUGAGGUCGUCGACCUUAUCAAAUAAGCCGAAGUGGAUUAUGGCUGGGGAGAUCCAAUCCACGUGGUUCCUUUGAUCGGGGAGGGACACCCGAUCGCGUCGGCCAUUUUCCUCAAGCCGCCGGUGCCCAACCAGGGUUUGAGGGUAAUGACCAGUUGUGUCAUCGAGGAGCAUCGAGCAGCCUUCAACGAUGAGAUGAUGAAGUUUCUGUAGUGCUUACUUUUACGUCUUGUGUGAAAUCAAUUGUCGUGUGUGUUGUUAA